AUGAGCUCUUUGUUGUCGCAAGACAAGGUGUUGGCUGUUGCCGCCGCCUCGGUGGUGGCGGGUGUGUGCUUUUACUGGUACGAAAAGAAGGCCCAACAAACCAAAGACACUGUUGUGAGAGAUCCUCCACAUGUUUGGUCUUGGAUACCCCACGUGGGGUCGGCAUUGGCCAUGGGCAGCGACAUUACAGAGUUCAUCCGAUCCAAUGGUGAGAAAUUGCUGGCACCCGUAUUUACCGCCACAAUCAUGGGAGAUAAGUGUGUCUUUGUGGCCGACCCACAAUACCUCGUCACAUUGGCCUUUCGAUCCAACAAGUACUUGGAUUCGCUCUCGCUUCAAAAGCAAUUCGCCAAGGAUGUUUUGGCAUGCAAUGAACUGGAAGUAAAGGAAAACUUUGGUCGCGAGAUCGACAAGAUUCAGGGACAGCAAUACCAUCAUUACUUGUUCAAAGGAGCUGAAUUGGAAAACUCUCUGAAACAAGCGCAAGAACUGUUUCAAGCGAUGGUGCCCAAGCUGAGCAGUGGUGCAGGAUGGCAUGACGAUCUCUUUGACAUGGUCGUUCGGUCUAUCUUUAAGGCCACCAUGGGACCGAUUUUUAGUCAUGAACUCGUCUCGGAUGAGAUGUACGAACACUUUAGAGUCUUUGACAAGGGUGUGAUUCUGCUCUUCAGUCAAGCACCGCAGUUCUUGACCAAAGAGGCACGACAAGCACGUACUGCCAUUCGACAGCAACUGGAAACCAACGAGUUUUGGAAACAAGCCUCGGGAUUGAUGAAGGCACGAAAGCAAGCCUUUGAGGAACUCUCCGAGGCUGCCUUUUUCAAGACGUCAGUGGGUCUCUUGUGGGCAUCUGUGGGGAAUACCUCACCGGCGGUCUUCUGGACCUUGCUCCUGCUCUUGGAACAUCCUAAAGCGUGGGAUGCCUGUUAUGCGCAGGUACAAGCCAUUGUCGACCGAAAGAAGCGUAACAAUGAUGAAGAUGCUUGUCUGUUUACAUUGGAGGAACUCGAUGAAAUGACACUGUUGCAAUCUGCAUUUCAAGAAUCUCUGCGAUUGUAUCAAGGUAACUUUACAGCCCGUCGAGUGGUGCAAGACUUUGUCCUCGAGACACCGGCCCAAAACUACCGCAUCCCCGCCGGAACCAAACUGAUGGCAUGGUGGGGUGUCCUCCAUCGGGAUCCUGACAUAUUCGAAAACGCUGAUGAAUUCCAGUACGAUCGCUUUGUCGAUAAGUCACGCAAGGACUUUACCUUUCGAGAUGGCAAGACGUUGCCGCAUGAACCGGUCAUUCCCUUUGGAGGCGGUGAGCAAUACUGUCCUGGACGCAAGUUCGCAGCCUACGAAGCGAAACUGUUUCUGGCCAUGAUGAUGCAAACCUUUGACAUGAAACUGGACCGAGCAACAUAUCAACGACCCAAGAUUGAUCCGGCCAUGGCGGGUAUUGGGGUGUCUCAUCCAGAUUCCAAGGUGAAGGUUCUGAUUCAACCCAGGAAUAAGAAUCAAUAG